AUGACCCACGUGAAGAAAGGAUUCUUGGCAAUCUUUACAGUGCUCUACUGCACAGUGAAUGCAGUUAAAUUUCUCGAUAUGGCCCCGAACGCUGUGGACAAUUUGUAUGAGGGUUGUGAGAAGGAGACCAUGGAGAAAUUAAUCCAUUCUGAUGUGCUAAGACAAGAGUUGAGAAAUAACACUGGCUUCCAGGAGGCAUGGAGCGAAAGAUGUUCCACGUUGCUCCCAGGAGGAGUGAAGGAACACACUUCAGCCCUAUUGGCCUACGCUAGCGGCAACCAAGCGUUCAAGAAGGCCUUCAACGACGAGGUGGAGACCAUGGGGGUCAAUGUCAGCACGUACGAGGACCACUUCCAUUAUAAGGCCCUGCACUUCCUGCUGAUGGACGCAAUGAGAUUGGCCUCACCGAAGAUAUGUAGAAAUGUUUACCGAGUUUCGGAAAGUCCAUACGAAAUUAAAAGAGACACCCGGGUGAGAUUUGGACGAUUCACCACGGUGCAGUCGGACUUGUCUCUGAAGGAGGACGUGGAGGGCAGCACCUAUUUCAACAUUACUACUUGCUUCUUCUUUAACCUUGAGGGCUUUUGUGGCCUGUCUGAGGACACCGCCAUCUUGUCACCCACUGAGGAGUUCACUGUGGAGGAUGUCAAGCAUGUAAUUGAUGGCGACUACACCGAAGUCAUUCUGAAUCACUCAAAACUAAAGGCUUCCGUCAACUGCUACUCUUUAUCACGGUAA